CUCUCUCUGUAUCUCUCUCUCUCUCUCUCUCUCUCGUCUUUUGUAUGUGUAGGCUGUGACUUUCCUUUUGACCCAUACUGAAUCUCUGCUAAGAGGAAGAGAGAGAGAGGGAGAGAAUCAGAGUUCCCUCAGCAGUGGAACUCCCCUGGAACUGAUGCAGUUCCUUGCCCCAUAUUCUCCCAUCUUUUGCAAGAUGGAUUCAAACUCAUGCUUGACCAUCAUAGUUGAGUAUGACUGAGACACCCCAACCACCACAGCCUGUUCAGUGUGACAAGGUGAUGCUAAAAAUUCCAUCAGUGGUCCUGACCUGCUGUUCAAGCCCUGGGCUCCCCUCCAAUAAGGACAGCAGAGGGUGUGUUGGAGGGCUGGGCUGCUGUGCCCUGAGCCCUGUCAAGCUCUCAGUGCUUGCAAAGGGGACUGUCCCUUCUCCAGGGCCAGCAGACCCCUUUAAAGCAGAGCUCCCUGUAACUCUAACCUGUUCUGCUUCAUACCUUGCAGGUCCUGGCCAUGUCCCCCAUGGAGGUGGAGGAUCUGGAGGACUAUGACUAUGACCAUCCCCAGAGGAGGACUCUCAGCUGUGGCCAGCAGGAUGCUGGGGUUGUGUCCCCAAACACCCUCAGAGCCCUGGAGACUGAGGAGGUGCAGGAGGCCAGAGCUGUACUGGGCAGGCCAAUCCGAUGGGCGUGGCCCAGUGGUCCUGCAGUAAAAACCCAGCUGAACCCUCUUCUCCUCCAUCGGGGCCAUGGCAGCCACCAUCCUGUGCCGUCCCCGGUGCCCAGCCCUUCUCCCCAUCCCAGGGCACAUGGAUCAUCUGGUGGCCAAGCACUUCCAGUGCCUGAACUGAGCCUGGUAAGGGCCUGCAUGCCUGAGGCCUCACAGCCCAGCACCCAGGACCCAGCAGGACAGGCAUCUACUUUCAUAACUCAGCUGAGCCCUGUCCUCCUUCGGAACCGCAUCAGCAACCCUUCUGAGCUGGCCCCGGUGCCCACCCCUCCUCUCUGCCCAAGGGCACGUGGAUCAUCUGGUGCCCAAACACCUCUAGGGCCUAGACUGAGCCUGGUCAGGGCCUGCAUACCUGAGGCUUCACAGCCCAGCACCCAGGACCCCAACAAGGAUUCAGCAGAGCAGGCGGCUACCUAUGAGCAGAAUAACAUCGAGCCUGCCAGGCCAAAGAAGAUCAAGAAGAAGAGCAGGCUCUCAAAAAUAUUGAGGUGUUUCUGCUGGCCAGUCCAGUAAGCACAGAAUGACCUGAGCAGACUCAUCCAGGGGGCCAGCAGUUUGCUCAGCCAGGCAGUGGCUGCCCAGCUCCAGGCGGAUGCCCUGCAGAAAUGACCACCAGCCGCCCAGCCUAGCUAAUGGAGAGAGUACACCGCUGAUCCUGCAUGUGCCACACAGCCUCCUGGCCCCCAUCCUGGCCCCCGAACCUUCAGGAAACAGAAUCAGCAUUGUGGCCACCCGCUACCCCACCCUCUCAGUUCCUUCCAGAAUCUGGCGCAGGGCAACAAUCACUACCAACUAGGGCCUUCCAGGUCCUGGAUUCUCAGCAGAAGCCUAGUCACAGAUCCCGAGGACUGCCUCACCCCCAACGACACCUGCUGGCCCCUCCCCGCCCAGCACAGGUGACCUUGCUCUGGGCCCAGAGUGGAGACUGGAGCCCGUGGCCUUGUGGGGCCCGGGGUGUUUGCCCGGCCAGCGUGGUGGCCAAGUGUGCUGAGUCAUAUAGUAAUUAAAAAAAAUUUAAAAAACUCUGAUAUGG